CCGGAGGAAAUUUAAAGAGCAUCCGGAUCCGGAGAAAGAGAGAAAGAAAGAGGAAGGGGGAGAGAGAGGCGGAGGCGGGGAUCGGCUCGGGUCGGGCGGGAUCGGGUCGGGUCGGGCGGGAUCGGCUCGGGUCGGGCGGGAUCGGCUCGGGUCGGGCGGGAUCGGCUCGGCUCGGCUCGGGCGGGAUCGGGUCGGGUCGCGUGCGAUCGGAUCGGAUCGGAUCGAAUCGGGUGCGAUCGGCUCGGCUCCGCUCGGCUCGGCUCGGCUCGGCUCGGCUCGGCUCGGCUCGGCUCGGCUCGGCUCGCAGCAGAUGAGAGACGCAGCAGGGAAUAACUGAGGGAUGGAAUUCCUGAUCCUGCAGGGAAUGAAUCCCGGGGGAGGCGCCAGGAGGGAGCCCCAGAGCAGCUGAGAGAGCCCCGAGGAGGAGGAGGAGGAGGAAGAGGAGGGACCCCAAAUCCUGCACCCCACUGUGACCCCCUGCCCCGGGACAAAUGUCAGCACCUCGGGAGCAGCCCAUUUUCAGCACCAGGGCUCACGUGUUCCAGAUCGACCCGGCCACCAAGAGGAACUGGAUCCCGGCCAGCAAACACGCCCUGACCGUCUCCUACUUCUACGAUGUCACCCGCAGCGUCUACAGGAUCAUCAGCGUGGGGGGAGCCAAGGCCAUCAUCAACAGCACCAUCACCCCCAACAUGAGCUUCACCAAAACCUCGCACAAGUUCGGGCAGUGGGCGGACAGCCGCGCCAACACCGUCUACGGGCUGGGCUUCGCCUCCGAGCAGCACCUGGCGCAGUUUGCAGAGAAAUUCCAGGAGGUGAAAGAAGCUGCUCGUGUGGCCAGGGAAAAAUCCCAGGAUAAAACAGAACUGACCAAUCCUGCCCUGAACAUCUCAUCCCAGCAGGUCCUGCCCAGCCCCAUGAUCAGCUCCAACGGCCCUGGGGAGGAUAAACUGUUCCGCAGCCAGAGCGCUGACGUGGAGAUGAGCACCGAGAAGGAGAGGCUCAAGAAGAUGCUCUCGGAGGGCUCGGUGAGCGAGCUGCAGUGGGAAGUGGAAUUUUUCAGCCUCCAGGACAACAACGCCCGGCUCGUGGCCGCCCUGCACGAGGCCCAGGCCAGCGUGGAGCAGUGGAAGGAGCAGCUGGGGCUGUACCGGGAGGAGACGGAGAGCCUGAGGCACAGGGUGGCAGAGCUGGAGGCGCGCGGCGCCGACGAUUCCCGCGGCGGGAGCAGGGAGGAGCUGAGCCAGAGCCUGGAGGAGCUGGAGCUGCUGCUCAAGGCCAAGGACGAGGAGAUCCAGCUGUUGAAGAGCCAGAGGUGCGGCCGCUGGGAGGCCGAGGGCGAACGCGAGGAGACGCUGCAGAGGCUGCAGGAGCUGGAGGCGCGGAACGCGGAGCUGGAGCAGAGGCUGAGCCGGGCGGAGCAGAGCCUGGCGGAGAGCGCGGCGCAGCGGGACAGGACGCACGGCGAGAUCUCCAAGCUCGCCGACAUCGUGGACGUGAAGAUCUUCGAGCUCAGCGAGCUCAGGCAGGGCCUGGCCAAGCUGGCGGAGAGCGACUGAGCCCCGGAGCCCCCCGGAGCCCCCCGGAGCCCCCCGAGCCCCCCGAGCAGGGCCAGCCCCAGCUGGCAGCGGGCACCGAGAGCGCCCGGCCGGGCGGGGUUCGUGUCCCCAGCUCCGGCAGCGGAGCCGAGCCCGGAGAGAGGCAGCCAGAAGGGCCCGGGGCAGCAGAGCUCCUGCAGGGGCUGCGGGGAGCAGCGGCACCCCCAGACCCUCACCUGCACCCCCAGCCCCUCACCAGGGCUUCCAAAUCCUCACCUGCACCCCCAGACCCUCACCUGCACCCCCAGCCCCUCACCAGGGCUUCCAAAUCCUCACCUGCACCCCCAGAUCCUCACCUGCACCCCCAGACCCUCACCUGCA